AUGUCAGACGACGAAGAAUUAGCACGGGUGCAACGCUACAAGGCCACCCGUCCCCCGCUGAGGGGCUUUGCGGCCAAGAUGGCCGACUACGCCGCCACCCGCGCCAGGCUCGGACGGUCCCCCUCGCCGCCACCGGAACCGCGGAUUCCCGUGCUCAUUAGCAGCACGCGAGGCAUCGUCUCGCUCCCAGAGCAGAUCCAGGCCUUGGCGGGGCUUUCAGAGCCGCCCGAGCUCAUCACAGUCCAGCACGUGGACGUGGACGGCCGAGCCGCGAUGAACGAGCCGCCAGUGACAGACACGACAGUGCUAUUACAAGUGUGCGCUGUUACGCUGACGAUGCUAAACAUAAUGAAACGGAAAGUCGAGGUGGAUGAAUUCUUCAGUAAUCUUGUCUGGUUCAACGGCAAAAGGCGAUAUCUAGCUGUUGUGCUAGGGGCGAAACGGGUUUUGAUUUCCUGA